AUGGCGAAGCCGGAAGAACCGCCCCUGCGACGCGUGUCGCAGACGAAAGAGCGCCUGUGUCAUCGAAGACCGGCCACCAUUCAGGGACCAGACCCUGACGACGAGCAAUUGGAUACGUUGGAAUCGCUGGACGGCUCACAUGCUGGUGAGGAUGGAGUACUGGAGAUCCAAGUCAGCCCUGGAGACGUCGAUAGCAAUCAUCUGCUCCCCUCACCCGAUUCUCACAGAGGGGACGUAGAGAUACGUAGCCGUCUGUCGAGCGCCCAUCCACGGCCACCCAGCAGCAGUGAUGUCCAUGUCCUGGAACCCCAAGUGCACACUCUGGAGGACGGGAAGGAUUUGACGGCACACUGUAUGGGGCUAGCAGCAGAGCAGGAUACUCAUCUCCUUGCGUCUUUUCGAUCCGUCAUCAUCAACGAGACAAAUCGUGUCGACGGUGACAUCAUCCAGGCGUAUUCCGGCAAUCCUGCCACAGGAACUCCGCCUCUUCAUUUCUCGAUACUGAGAGAUUGGUUCAUGCCAUAUGACGAUAGGAUAAAAGAGGAAGCCUCGCGGGAAAUCGAAUUCAAGGUCGGACCACACGGCCCGAGUCUCGUCCGCCUCUACUUCAAACACGUCCAUCCCGUCUAUUGUGUUGUGUCCAAGGUCCGUUUCCUUCGUGCGUACAAGGAGGAUAAGCUAAUAAUUCCGGCGUCACUGCGAGGGGCGGUCUACGGAAUGGGUGCGGUAUACUGGAAACAAGACCCUACAUUGAGAACAGUCCAUCGCUCAUUUGAACAAUACGAGUUGUUCCAAGCCGCCCAAGCUUCUCUCGAGCGGGAGCUUGACGCACCAAACCUCUGGAAGUUGCAGGCCUGCCUACUGAUGAUUCACGAGAAGGCAGCCGGCAACGGUACGUUUGAAACUCCACGAACGUGGACUCUAUCGGCACAAGCCGUGGCGUGCGCCCAGAUGAUAGGGCUUCACCGCGAUCCGACCCAUUGGAAGAUUGCAUCGUGGGAAAAAAGCCUGAGGAAGAAGUUGUGGUGGGCUACCUAUGUGACGGACAAGUGGGCGUCAGUGAGCCAUGGAAACCCACCUUUGCUCCAUGCCACGUCGUACACCACUUCCAAUCUGGAGAUGGACGAUCUGAGAUUCGAUGAGGAUGUCCCCGAAGACCUCAGAGGUAUGGUAGAUGCCGCAAGUGGAAGCUUUGAUGUUUCAACUGCUGCGCGGUUCCUCGAACUUGUGGAGCUUACCCAGAUUCUUCAUAACUUAUUGGACACAGCUUUCUCCGAUCACGCAUACCGAGCCGCAAUGUUAGACCUUGCAAACCAGGAGACCAGACUCUUGAAGAUUCAGAGAGAACUUGAAUCCUGGCACUCGCUGAUGCCAUUGUGUGUCACCAUGAACUACAGUACAGCCAGGCUUGAAUUUCGCAACAAUGCGCCACUGCACCUCGCCUACUUUGCAACUCAAGUACUCCUCUUCCGAGCCUUGAUGACUCCAGCCUCGAUGGCCGCCAAGAAUGAUCCGUUGUCAUCUUUGCGACGUUUCUUUGGAUUAGCAAUAGAGCAACUCCGUGCUUUUUUGGCUUUCAUGAACGAGAUAACGCUCGAGGGUCUGCGGGCAUUCUGGGGCCGACAUGGAAGGUCGCAGUUGAUCCUGAUUGGCAACUUCUUGAUAUAUUUAUUCCUCCUAUCCUCCGAUCCAGAACAAGUUAGCGACACAUUCCGACUGCUGGAGCACUUUCACGAAUCCCUUCAGAGGAUAGGCGAGCUCGUGGACGAGGAUUCCGUAGGUCUGAUCCGGCCCGUAGCACUGAGGAUCGACUCUUUCUUCACGCAAGCGGCGCAGAUUAUGAGACGAGGCUUGACGACGGGUUCCUACUCGGAAGCAAGGAUGGUGGAAACACCUACAUGA